AUGGUUAUGGAAGCAGAGCCAGAAUCGGACUCGGAAACAGAACUGGAAAUGGAAAUGGAAAUGUCGGACCUGCCUAAGAGAUGCAUUCACUCCCCUGCCGAAAAACAUCUUUGGUGCCAUUUCGUCAAUAUCACGUGUCAUGUCUUGACCCUGCCAUUCGAGGGAGACCAUGACCCAAUCAUGUCCGGCGUGGUCUCCAAGGCGCAUUAUGAUACGAUGGUCCUGGACGCUAUCCUUUGCUUAGGCGCAUCACAUCUGAUCAAUCAAAUUCGAUUGAGCCCAGGAUCGGGAUCGGCCUCGGCCUCGGUAUCGUCCCAGAUCCAGGGCCUAACCGGAAUCAAACAAACCCUCCUAGGAAGAGCGCAAGAGGAACUCUCAAAGAGAGUCGUCGCCCUCCUUCAAUCACCCAACAAACCCCCAGAUGAAAAUGCAGAAUACGAAGCAGAAUCGUUGCUUACUGUUUACCUUUUACUCUACCUAUACGAGGUCUCAGAAGGAUCCGGCGACCACUCAUGGAAGACUCGGUUAGAUGGUGCGAGGUCGUUUGUGUAUGACGUGCUUCAAAGACAACACCACCACAAUACGAUCAUGCACGAAUCCAUACCGGGUUCCCGGUCACAAUCAAAAAAUGAGCAUAAAAUCCCACCGUCCUGUGAAGACUUCGAGUGUCUAGGAAUCGAUAAAUUUCUCAUGCAAUUCUUCUCAUACCACGAUAUCAUGGGCGAUGUGACCAACGGCACAAAAUCCGAUCGGGAUCAACAGCAACAACAAAAAUAUCGCGGCGUUAUGGGCUCAUUAUCCGCCCUAGAGAACGGGUACUAUGACGAAGAACAUAUGCUAGGCAUGCAUCAUGGACUGAUUGAGAUCAUUUCGCGCGUGUACACGCUUCAAAUGGAUACGUCGGGAAAUAUGGUUCCUAGCCAUGAGAUCAUAACGCGAGCAGUUAAUAUUUGGCAGGAUGUCAGUGAUUGGAUGGUUCCUGAAUCUGAUCUCGACCUCCAUCAUAUGUACGAGACAUAUAUCUCUGCGAUAUCCAUUUGGAUAUUGUGUAUCAUCCACCCCGGCGAUGUCGCAAAGGACAAGGUGCAAACUAUGGUCGCGAGGGGACUUUCCAGUCUUUCUUUACUUGAUGGAUCUGCGUUGCAGACGGUUUCUCUUUUGCCAUUUUUCGUUAUUGGGUUGGCAUGUAUUCAUCGGCAGGAUAGAGAGGCUCUUGAGGAGCAGCUGAGAAGACUUGAGAGGGUGAGGUGUUUGGGGUAUAUUCGGAUCUGUGGAUCGAAGAUUCGGAAGGCAUGGAUGGAUUAUGAUGGAGGGACGAAAAGAUCUUGGACUUGGGAAUGUAUAUCGCAAACGGAUGAUCUCAGCCUGUCACUUGCGUGA